GUAGUAGAUUGCUCGUCUUUUUGAAAACUAUCAACCUGCAAAAGUGCCAAAGUGCCACAAGCCUGCAAAAUGCCUAGAGAUUGGGAUGCAUCCGAGGACACAGAGAAUGACGUGCCAGCAUAUGUCAUUGAAACGGUUGAUGAUGCAGUGAAAGAAUUUCUGCCACCUGGAACAGAAGUAAUCGAUAUCACUCCACACGGGUCAUCAUUCUGGACCCGAACAGCAGAGAUCCAAACUCAACAGGCAGAUGGUUCUGACCUCUCGUUUUUCAUCAAGGUUUUGUAUGGCGACAAUGGGAAGCUCAACUCGAGGGGAGAAUUUGCAUCAAUGACUGCACUCCACGCAGCAAAUCCAGAACUUACUCCACGACCAAUCGCAGUCGGCACCUACCAGUCCGACCCUAAAGCCCACUUCUUCCUCUGCCAAUUCAUGGACAUGACCGAUGAGCUGCCUGACCUCUACAACUUCCCCGCCAAACUCGCAAAGUUGCAUGAGAACUCCGUCUCACCAACCGGCCAAUACGGGUUUGGAACUCCAACAUGUCUGGGUGUUGGCCGCCCGCAUUACCACAAAUGGACCGAUACCUGGGAAGAGUUCUACCUGAACUUCUUUCUAGACGUAGCUGGUUAUGAGCAAGAGGUUCAGGGCCCCGAUGAAGAGAUGGCAGAGCUCGUAAAGGCUAUUGCUGAGAAGGUAAUUCCGAGACUAUGUCGCCCGCUCGAGACUGGAGGCAGAAGCAUUAAACCGCGUCUGAUUCAUGGCGAUUUGUGGGAUGGUAAUGCCUCUGUCGUUAUUGAGACUGGGCUUCCAGUUAUCUUCGAUGCGUGCAGCAUGUACACGCAUAACGAGUAUGAGCUUGCGCCUUUCGUUUUGCCCCGUCACAAGAUGAAUCGCCCCUACAUCAAAGAAUACAUCAAGUUCUUCCCACCUUCCGAGCCCGUGGAAGACUUCGAAGACCGUGUAGCACUUUAUGCUACGCGUUUUGAUAUCAUAUCAUCUUCGGUUUAUCCUGGAAAUCUGAGAUUCCGCAACUUGGUUAAAAUUGAGAUGAGGAAGCUUGUUAACAAAUAUCCAAAUGGGUAUGCAGAUUUUAAAGACACGUCUAAGUUGGAUGCGAAGUUGACAAAUGUAACCGAAGCGGCACCGUGGCAAAGUCUCGCCAUACCAGGGAACCAAGCUAUCUCUACAUAAACACAAUAGCACACCAGAACUUCUCAAUCAGGGAUUUUCAAACAUUAACUCGAG